AUGACGGACACCACAACCGCAGCUGAUAUUUUCAUCGCUCUCGUCGGAACGCUGGACAGGGUUGGAGUGGACUGGUCUCACGAUGUCAGCCUGGCUACAGAUGGUGCACCUUCAUUAAACAGGAGAAAAGCAGGUGUUGGGACAAAAUUCAGAGUGAAGGUGCAGGCUACAAAUGGAGGACAUGAUUUUUGGACUUUUCAUUGUAUUUUGCAUCAGGAGGCAUUGUGUUGCAAGUUAUUGAAGAUGAAUAAUGUCAUGGAGGUGGUCGUCCGAACCGUAAAUUUCAUCCGAUCCAGAGGCCUGAAUCAUCGUCAGUUUGACAGCCUUCUCAGAGAGAACACAACUAUGGCCUGCCAUACCACACCGAGAGGGGAAAUCAAACAGUUCAUGGAAAAAAAGGGCAAACCAGUAUUAGAAUUUAAGUCAACAGAAUGGAUGCAGGACCUUGCAUUUAUGGUGGAUGUUACAGAACACCUGAAUAACUUGAACAACAUGCUGCAAGGGCGCAGCAAAGUUGCCACGCAGUACUAUGACAGCAUAUGUGCGUUCAAAUUGAAGCUGUCAUUCGUGUAUGCCUCUGAUCUGCCCAUCAACUUCCAACUAGAAAUAAUAGACUUGCAGUGUGACUCAGAUUUGAAGGGCAAGUUGGCCGCAGGUGGCUUGGAUACGUUUUACCAGCAUCUCUUGCCAGGUUACCCCAACUUGACAGCCCUUGCUGAAAAGUGUUGUGCAUGUUUGGAACCACAUAUCUUUGUGAGCAAGUAUUCUCUGUAA